UGCCUGUUCAUUAAUAGUCAAAAGCUCAGAAUACAUAUAUUCUCAUUUCAGAAUUUGAACUAAGCAGACAGGAACACGAUGUUGUAUGUUUCUUUGUUGACUCUCAAGAAGACGAUUGAAAAGGGUGUCAAUUUCUCCCUCACGGUGGAGCCUAAGGUACCAUUAUUCAACGAGAAGGGAGGGGUUUCCAUCAACUUUUUGGAGAAACAUCCAUAUGAAAACGAAGGUGGAGACAUAAUCUUUCACUUCAACCCGAGACCCCCUAGAAGUAUCGUGAUAAACACAUUUUGGAAAGGGGCGUGGCAGAGCGAGGUGAUACUUAAAGAUGACGACGUACGAGAUGAGCUCUUCGGAAAGGCCUUUGUGUUGACCAUAAAGGUACUAUCACAUAGCGACAGCAGCGGAAGCGAGUUUUUGAUUUUUGUGAACAGAAGAUUCCAGACAACAUAUAAAUGUCCUUUAGACCUAACCAAAACAAAAUUCAUCGGGUUUUCCCCAUCUCUUCGUAUCGCAGCGAGUGAAAAGGACUUCGAUUAGCAUCGGAUCCCCUCCCGCUUCUUCGUAUCGCAGCGAGUGAGAAGGACUUCGAUUAACAUCGGAUCCCCUCCCGCUUCUUCGUAUUGAAGCCUGUGAGAAGGCCUUUGAUUCACUUUAGGCCUAAUUGUUGAUUACAUUAAUAUGUACAUUGCGAAUUUAAGUACAUUCAAAUAAAUUUGUUUAUUAG